UAUCACCGUUACUUGUUACUCGCAGUCUUCCUCAGCACAGCUCACCUAUGCCAGACAAGGACCCUGUCACCCUGCUGCUAAGUUGAGAGAGGCUGAAGGGCUACCGGAGAUCUAGAGAAGGACCCAGCAAAGACAUGAUAUUUCCAGGGAAAUGUCAGAGUGUUCAGAGGGCAAUAUGGGAUGUCUUCAGAUUGUGGGUCUGGAUAGUGCUCUGCUGUGAUUUCCUUGCCCAUCAUGGAACUGACUGCUGGACUUACCAUUAUUCUACUAAUCCCAUGAACUGGGAAAAGGCUAGAAGGUUCUGCCAACAAAAUUACACGGACAUGGUUGCCAUACAAAACAAGGGAGAAAUUGAGUACCUGAACAGGGAGCUUCCCCGCAGUCAGACUUACUACUGGAUAGGAAUCCGGAAAAUAGGAAAACUGUGGACCUGGGUGGGAACCAACAAGACUCUCACUAAAGAAGCAGAGAACUGGGGGCAUGGGGAGCCCAACAACAAGAAAUCAAAAGAGGACUGUGUGGAGAUCUAUAUCAAGAGGGAAAAAGACGCAGGAAAAUGGAAUGAUGACGCCUGCCACAAAGCGAAGAGGGCCCUCUGUUACACAGCUUCUUGCCACCCCUUGUCAUGCAGUGGCCAUGGAGACUGUGUGGAAACCAUCAAUAAUUACACUUGCAACUGCAAUGUGGGGUACUAUGGUCCCCAAUGUCAGUUUGUGAUUCAGUGUGAGUCUUUGGAGGCCCCAGAGCUGGGAACCAUGACCUGUACUCAUCCUUUGGGAGACUUCAGCUUCAGCUCACAGUGUGCCUUCAAUUGCUCUGAGGGAACAGAAAUGAUUGGGAUUGAAGAAACCACAUGUGAACCACAUGGGAACUGGUCAUCGCAGAAACCAACAUGUCGCUUGAUUCAGUGUGAGCCUCCAACAGCACCUGAUUUGGGGACUAUGGACUGUAGUCCCCCACUGGCCAACUUCAGCUUAACUUCUGUGUGCACCUUCAACUGUUCAGAAGGAACUGCAUUAAUGGGGGAGAAGAUAACUACCUGUAGAUCACCUGGAAAUUGGUCUAACUCCAGUCCAAUAUGUCAAAAAUUGAACAAGAGCUUCACAAUGAUCAAGGAGGGUGACUACAACCCUCUCUUUAUUCCGGUGGCAGUCAUGGUUACUGCAUUCUCUGGACUGGCAUUCAUCAUUUGGCUGGCAAGGCGAUUAAAAAAAGGCAAAAAGUCUCAGAAACGCAUGGAAGACCCAUAUUAAUCCACCCUGUGUGAAAGAAAAUUCUUGGGAUACUGAAGUGUCAAUGAAUCAAUCCUUCAAUCCAGAAAAGUUUCUCAUGGUGAUGUCUCCAUCGUUGAAGAUGAUGUAUGUUUCUUUCUGCGCCUGUGAAAAAUUUCUAUGUGACCAGCAACUCAUCCUGCUCCCAUGUUGCUCUCCCAGCCUUCCCAGUUGUGGUUUAUAUAGCUCAGCCUUCUAUUCAAUUUUCCAUGGAGAAACAAGAUUACAGGAGACAAGGGAGGGAAAGGAUUACUGUGAAAUACAAAAAUGUCUGAUUUUGCUCUUUCUUGACUCUUGUUUCCAGUUUCAAUUCAAUUCAGUGCUGUACCUGAUGGCAUACACUUCUGAACACGAAUGACCUCUAAUACAUAUGCAACUACACAUUCGAUUUUGUUGCAGAUAAUAUUCUACCCACCUCGCAUUCCAGUAUGCUAGGGGGGGUGCACUCUUAGAAAAAGUUUGUAAAAUCUAUGUUAUCUUUGUUUUCCAGUGCCAGCAAAGUAAUGGGGUUUCUGCUCAUGUUGGGUUAUUCCCACUUGCACUGUAGUCCCUCUUGCUAUAAGGCCAUCCUAUUUAAUAAUCUCUAGUCUCCCCACCUUCUUCAUCCAACUUUGCUUCUCAAUUGACUCAUUUCCACACAGAACACCUUGUGAGGCUCACACAAAAGGAGAUGAGAGACAGCUACCAGCACUAUUUCAGUUUUAGAUUUUGCUCUCUUUUUUCAUUAGUUCCACUUAGAUUUUUUUGUAUUUGAUGCUUUUUAUUUUAAUGACUGCU